AUGGUCACCCUCCCACGGCAGAAGGGACAGGGAGAGCCUGGGCUGGCCUGGCCGGCGCGUGGGGUCUGGAUAGAGAGUGCGGCGUUCUCUAAAGCUGUGGAUGGUUUGGUGUUCUCUAAAGCUGUGGAUGGUUUUGAGACCCUGCACCCAGGGACCCUGCACCCAGAGACCCUACACCCAGAGACCCUGCACCCAGAGACCCUACACCCAGAGACCCUACACCCAGAGACCCUGCACCCAGAGACCCUACACCCAGAGGCCCUGCACCCAGAGACCCUACACCCAGAGACCCUGCACCCAGAGACCCUACACCCAGAGACCCUGCACCCAGAGACCCUACACCCAGGGACCCUACACCCAGGGACCCUGCACCCAGAGACCCUACACCCAGAGACCCUACACCCAGGGACCCUGCACCCAGAGACCCUGCACCCAGAGACCCUGCACCCAGGGACCCUGCACCCAGAGACCCUACACCCAGGGACCCUACACCCAGAGACCCUAUACCCAGGGACCCUACACCCAGGGACCCUACACCCAGGGACCCUGCACCCAGAGACCCUGCACCCAGAGACCCUACACCCAGGGACCCUGCACCCAGAGACCCUGCACCCAGAGACCCUGCACCCAGAGACUCUGCACCCAGAGGCCCUGACCCAGAGACCCUGCACCCAGAGACCCUACACCCAGGGACCCUACACCCAGAGACCCUACACCCAGGGACCCUGCACCCAGAGACCCUGCACCCAGAGACCCUGCACCCAGAGACCCUGCACCCAGAGGCCCUACACCCAGAGACCCUGCACCCAGAGACCCUGA